CGAGGGCACAGAGAGGCAGAGCCUGCACUCCAGCUCCACGUUCACUGAGGCACACACGGCCCCCGGCUCCAGCUCUCGCCACUUUCCCACUUUUUACCCUUUUGACGGAGUCUUUCCCUCUUGGGCAAUAAGCAGCCAUGGACGCCAUCAAGAAGAAGAUGCAGAUGCUCAAGCUCGACAAGGAGAACGCCUUGGACAGAGCUGAGCAGGCCGAGUCAGACAAGAAGGCGGCGGAGGACAGAAGCAAGCAGUUAGAGGAUGAAAUAAGAGAGUUGGAAAAGAAAAUGCGUGUGACUGAGGACGAGCGAGAUAAAGUGUUUGAGGAGUUCCAAACUGCCGAAGAGAAGCUGCUGAGCGCCGAGGAGGUCGCCACCAAGGCUGAGAGCGAUGUGGCCUCCCUCAACAGACGCAUCCAGCUGGUUGAGGAGGAGUUGGACCGUGCUCAGGAGCGUCUGGCCACUGCUCUGACCAAGCUGGAGGAGGCCGAGAAGGCUGCCGACGAGAGCGAGAGAGGCAUGAAGGUCAUUGAGAACAGGGCCAUGAAGGAUGAGGAGAAGAUGGAGAUCCAGGAGAUCCAGCUCAAGGAGGCCAAGCACAUCGCUGAGGAGGCUGACCGUAAAUACGAGGAGGUGGCUCGUAAGCUGGUCAUCAUCGAGAGUGACCUGGAGCGUACAGAGGAGCGUGCCGAGCUGUCAGAAAGCAAAUGCGCUGAGCUGGAGGAAGAGUUGAAAACCGUGACCAACAACCUGAAGUCACUGGAGGCCCAGGCUGAGAAGUACUCGCAGAAGGAGGACAAAUACGAGGAGGAGAUCAAGAUCCUCACCGACAAGCUGAAGGAGGCUGAGACCCGUGCUGAGUUCGCUGAGAGAUCAGUCGCCAAGCUGGAGAAGACCAUCGAUGACUUGGAGGAAAAACUUGCCCAUGCUAAAGAGGAGAACCUGGACAUGCACCAGAUGUUGGACCAGACUCUAAUGGAACUGAAUAAUUUGUGAAAGCACAAUCUAACCCUGACAUGCACCGUGGUUUGGCUUUUUGUCCUUGCACCUGUUACCCAAUAAACCCGUUCCUUACCCGCGGUGCCGCGCUAACAGCCAGAUGCUAUUUUUCAUUGCACCAUCCUGCCUUCAGUGGGACUCAAACCAAGGAGCUAAGGGAAGUCAAACUUAAGCAUUUCCUCUGAUGAAGCCCAAAGUCAGAAGCAUGUUUGCAUUUGCAAGCCAGUUUUUAUACUGUAACAAUAUAUUUUUCUUGGGUGGAAUUACAGAUGACUUUGCUUAUAAGGAUUUUUUUUCUUUUUUUUUUCUUUUUUACAUCUGCAUUGAUAUAUUUUAUUUGACUAUAAAUUACGCACAUGCCAAGGACAAAGUGGAGAAAUUUAGCACGUAAACCUCACAAUGAUGGAUUUUUUUGUUCAAUCUGUACAAAAUACUGUAAAUGCACUCCUUGUGAAUUUUCAGUUGAUAAACUGGUGCUAGUUUGUACAUUGUUUAGGUUGUAUUGGUUUGUAACAGCGACAGUCCUGAAUUUGUUCAUUUUGUCUGUGCGGUUUCGGACAUCUGGUUGUGCAGUUUUAGCAUUUUUAAAGUAGAAGUUCCAAAUGUUUAUCAUAUUUGAAAUGUUUCAAAUUUGAAAUAAAUUAAAGCACGUUUUGAAAGCUA